GGAGGACAGCCCCUGGCCUUAGGCCCGCUAUAUAAGCGGCGCGGGGUCCUGCAUCGCUCGCUCGCGCUUCGGGGGGGAGGCUGAGGCGGCGGCAGGAGCAGCAAUGGCGGAUUUCGACGCUUAUGACGAUCGGGCCUACAGCAGCUUCGGGGGCGGCCGCGGGUCUCGUGGUGCCUCUGGCCUGGGCUCACAUAAGCAGAAAGAGCUUCCAACAGAGCCCCCCUUCACAGCGUACAUUGGCAACCUCCCCUUCAACACGGUCCAAGGAGACAUUGAUGCCAUCUUCAAGGAUCUCAGCAUAAGGAGUGUGCGAUUAGUCAGAGACAAAGAGACAGAUAAAUUUAAAGGAUUUUGUUAUGUAGAAUUUGAUGAGGUUGACUCACUUAAAGAAGCUCUGACAUAUGAUGGAGCACUUUUCAACGACAGGUCGCUCCGGGUUGACAUUGCUGAAGGCAGGAAACAAGACAAAGGUGGCUUCGGUUUCAGAAAAGGUGGCGGCCCCGAUGAUAGAGGCAUGGGCGGAGGUCCGCGGGAAUCACGAGGAGGUGGAUGGGAUUCCAGAGAUGACUUCAAUUCUGGUUUCCGAGAUGAUGACUUCCUGGGGGGCCGAGGAGGCAGAACGCGCCCCGGAGAUCGGCGAGGAGGUGGUCCCCCCAUGGGAGGCACGGGGCGUUUCAGGGAUGUCCCUCCAAUGCGUGGUGGUUCCAUGGAUUUCAGAGAGCCAACAGAAGAGGAAAGAGCCCAGCGGCCCCGGCUCCAGCUGAAGCCCCGGACGGUGGCCACUCCUCUCAAUCAAGUAGCCAACCCCAAUUCUGCCAUCUUUGGCGGCGCCAAGCCAAGGGAGGAAGUAGUAAAGGGAGAACAAGAAUGAGCUUUGAAGUGGGGGGGUGAAAAUGGGGGGCGGGGGGAGCGGGGUCGAGGGAGGGGGCUGGGUUGGGGUGGGUGGGAGAAAAACCGCAAAGACAGCCCAGAGUGUCUAACUGUGCUCGGAACAGUAACCCUGCAGCAACCCUUCCUGUCAUCCGACACACGUCCUCCUCGAAACGGAAAAGGAAGCGAUCCAAUCAAACCAAACCAGAGCUUGUGAAUGCAUGUCAGCUGUUAACAAGUGGUUUUUAGUAUGUUCUUGGCUUUGCUGUAUCUAGUGCCUGCAUUGUCUUAAGUUUCUCCCACCCCCCAAAAAAAUAGCCCCAGCACGUGGCUCUUGGCCAAUAAAGUGCUGCUCUCUUCCACAGAUGGCAACCUUCUCUAAUCUGCUGCACCUGCUUCCCCUUUUCUUCCUCUCUGGCUUUUUCUCCUCCUGAGACACAUGGGUUAGACUUCGGCCCUGCUCUGCAGCGUUCCCCUUCUGCCUUCCACGGUGCUCCUCUACCCCCACUGCAUGCUUCCUACGACUGUCACCGCCCCGUGGCCCUCAACUCGGAAGAGUCCCGGCCACGUGGGAAGACACCUCGAGUCCUAGCGUAUGGCCUCUGUAGAAUUAGCUGAUGCAACACAAAUGUUAAAUAGGAUUGUCACCCUUUUGCCGCCAGGCGCUGUGAACUCAGAUAUAUAGAUGUAUAUAUAUAAAAAAAUAAGUUUUUUUCCCCCCAGGCAGUUUAAAAAAGAUUUCUCAGCAGCCAUGAGAUCAAGGAGAGGCCAGCCAAAUUGAGUGCCGUCAGCACUUUGCAGACCUCUGUCUGGUGCUGAGCUGGUCGUCACCAAUCAAACCUAGAAUGGGAGACGGGGCCCCACUGCUUUCUUGCCCUGGCCUGUCUAAUUCUCACUGGUUGGUGCUAUCAAAGCUUGUGCCUACUGUAGCACCCAAGGACAGUUUCUUCCAGCGCUUCUCGCCAUUUUUUUUACAUGUUUGCUACCGGCUUUUUAACUAGUUUCCUAAACUAAUAAAGUUUACUUUUCUCCUUCCUUUCUUCCCUCCUCUCCCCUUGGCUCUGUUUUAAAAGAAAUGGCUUCUAACAUUGCCACUCCAGCGUUUGGCUCUGUCUCUUUUCCUGCCGUGGCAAAGCUUAACUUUGCUUUCAUGGUUAACCUCUCCAGUGGAGAUAGUGCAGCCCUUCUGCCUUUGGAUUGUAGGACACAUACCCCUGGUGGCUGUCCUUAACUAUGCAGGGGGCUGGUUUAGCCGCCUUCCAAAGUAGACGGAUGUAAACCCUCAUAUCUCCAUGAUUCUGCUUGAAAAUAUUUGAUGGUGCAAGUAAGUCGGAGGGAAUGGCAAGUUCUCAAGGACAACAGUCAUUUGGAUAUUCCCUUGGAUAAAACAGUAUAAACCUCUCUCUUCCUGCCCCCUAGUCUUUGAGUCUACUGAAAAUAAGAACCAUUUGUCUAACACUAAUUUUCUUUAAAGACAUGCAUUUGUGUGUGUGUGGUUGUGUCCCAGUUGAAAUCCAUCCAAUAGCUACUCUUCCAUUUGAAAUGUGGAAGAACCAAGAUUUUAAGAGCAAAAAAAAGAAGACACAUGCAAAACUCAACUUGAUAGUCGAUCCAUUUGACUUUUAGAUGUGCAAAGAGAAAUUUCCAAACACUUAACACAUUCUGCUUCAUGACAAAGUAAAUUUAUGGAUAUGGUAUUUUGUGAAUGAACUUUUAAAUAAAGAAAACAUUAAGUAAUAUUUAA